AUGACUCGGGACGGCACCGCGAGGACGCCCGGCCCAGGGGAUGCCCGGCUGGGGCCGCAGGGUGGUCAGCAGCUUUCCCAGAAUGCCCUGCGGCACAACUGUCGCAGCGAUCACUGGUGCAGGAGGCUGUGGAAAGCGGGGAUCACAGCCGGCGGGUUCCUCGCACUCUGCGUCCUCUCCCAGAUCACGGGGGUCUGGGUCCUGUUCGUAAUCAAUGGUUACGGCGCCUUCCCUGCCGCACACAAAGUCCUGGACCUCAUGCAGUACCUGCUGUCACCACUGGGGGCAGAAGAGAUGUCCCAGUCCUUGAGGAAGGAGCUCUGGCGGAUGGAGACGCUGUGCCCCCUGCUGGCCACACUGUUCCUGGGCAUCAUCAUCCUCGGCAUCGGGGUUCUGUAUUGCUUGAGAACCAUGUCUCCCGGGUGUUUCCCGGCCUUCCCCGAGGACCGGCGCCGGUCCAUGAGCCGCCAGCCCUCCUUCACCUACUCCGAGUGGAGCGACGCCAGGGAGGAGGACCUCUUCGAGCUGGAAGCCGUCCCCGAGACCCCCGUCUUCGACUGCUUCGCGGACACGAAGGCCGAGACGGACCCGGUCACCCUCACGGUGAAGCAGGUCGGGCUGCAGGAGAGGAGGGGUUCCAAUGUAUCCCUCACUCUGGACAUGUGCACGCCGGGCUGUACGGAACCCUACGGGGCGCUGCUGUCGCCCGGAGAGCAAUCGGCUCGCGACCACCUCCUGAAGGCCUCCAACGUGCUGAGCGCCGAGCAACUUCGCACCCGCGCCCUCGACGACGCCGCCCUUCAGGCCGAGUUCUUUGAGACGCCCAUGAACUUUGCGGACCCCAAGGAGUAUGACUACCCCGGGGUCGUGAGGAAGAACCGGUACAAAACCCUCGUGCCCAACCCGCGCAGCAGGGUGUGCCUCAAAGCCACGGACCGAGACGACUUCCUCAGCACGUACAUCAACGCCAAUUACAUGAGGGGCUACGGCGGCGAGGAGAAGGUCUACAUCGCCACUCAGGGCCCCACGGUGAACACGGUGAGCGACUUCUGGAGGAUGGUGUGGCAGGAGUGCUCGCCCGUCAUUGUCAUGCUCACCAACGUUGAGGAAAAGAAUGAGAAAUGCACGGAAUACUGGCCGGAGGACGGCGUCACCUACGACGGCAUCGAGAUUUCCGUCACCCGGCUGAUCCGCGCCGACGACUACAGGCUGAGGAUCUUCGCCCUCAAGUGUGACGGUGAGGAGCGCAGCCUCCGCCUGUACUGGUACACCUCCUGGCCGGACCAGAAGACCCCGGACAAAGCGCCUCCGCUGCUGGAACUCGUGCUGGAGGUGGAGGAGGUGCGACUGCGGGCCCCGCCCAAAAGCGGCCCCGUGAUUGUCCACUGCAGCGCUGGUAUCGGUCGAACGGGCUGCUUCAUCGCUACCACCAUCUUGUGCAAGCAACUGAAGAACGAGGGUGUGGUGGACAUCCUGAAGACCAUGUGCCAGCUGCGCCUGGAUCGUGGAGGUAUGAUCCAGACACCAGAACAGUACCAGUUUGUCCAUCACGUUCUCAGCCUCUAUGAGAAGAAGUUGUCCUGUUCUGUUGAGGAAUAGAAGCACCGCUGCAAGACCUUCCACCCUCUCCACUUCUUACCAAGCGUGGUGGACCACAGGCAUGGGUGUUCCUUUCCUCUCUCCAUCUUUGCAGCACAAACCACCAGCGCACAUCCAUUUGUUGAAGUCCUGGCAACAGCGCAAACAAUCCAGUGCACUUCCACCAUAAGAUCUACGCCCACAGCGACUGCACCAGCAUCUAGUGAAGCACAGCACAGCAGGAAGUGAAAGACUGUCUUAGUUUGAACGUACACUUUUAGGUGCCAAUACCCCAGCAGGGAGAUUCUCACCCUCUACAAUGCGAUUUCACGUCCCGUACAGAUAGUCCAUCAAUAUACAAGAUGCCAGUGCCAAGUAUGAAACUUUAGAUGUUCCCAAGACUCUGAAGGUGUGCCUGGUGAGCACAUCCACUUGAGGUUUGAACGUUUCCUUUCGUUAGAAAUUGACACUUUGUACAGAAGAUGAUUUCUGUUUUCAUAUCUCAAGCAUGCCAGACGCCAGCAACAAUUUGCAGGACACACACAGUACCCAUAAUGCAUUAGACAUACCAACCUGGUGCAUCUAAUCCAGUCGGGAGAAGGUAAUUGUUUUCAACAUGGUGGUAGAAGUGGGAUCCUGCUCACAGAGUGUCAUGAUGGGACAAAGUCCAGCUGACAAACUUACAUCCGAGACAGAAAUUCCAGCUAAAAGGGAAAGUGAUAAAUUGAAGUGUAUAAUUUCACUUGGAACAUGGAAUUGGAGGUCUUUUCAGAAGCAAUGCGAUAAUCGCCGCCGUUUUUGUUCGCCGGAGCUCCACAAGUUGGCUGAGGACCCAGGUGUGUGGGGGGGGUUGCGGGUGUCAUGACCUCACGCAUUUCCUCUUUUUUGUGCACUUGAGACAUGUGCGCUCAGACUGCCCGUGCUCCUCGAAAACCCCCAGAUAACCCCCCCAUCAUGGCGGAUGCUGUUACCAUAGCAACCCGGAAAAGCCCGCAUGUGCAGAUGUGCAGGUGCGCUCCGGCACCUCCGGACACAGACGAAAAGCAUGAAGACCCCGCAUGCAGAGUGUACAGCGCAAACUGUACAGUACGGAGUGUAGGUGAACGACGAACACGGGACGGAGAGGCACAGUAAAUUCUCACAAAGGUGAAAGCGAAACACGAACUUGCGAGUAGAACUGGAAUUCACAGGCGUGACGAAACACCGGACUGGAACUCCGGAGCUGGACCGGAGCACAAACGGCAGGAGCAGACGGGACAGGUACACUGGACUCAAACAUAAACACCUACGGAGCAAGACGUGGGAACCGAGUAACUAAAGUUCACGAGGAA